CUGCACACUUUUUGUAGCUACGCAAAGGAUGUGAAGAUCAUUCAUUUCCUGGGCAAGUGGAAGCCAUGGCAACACACGACUGAUGGUUCGACGGGCGUCCUUCAAAAAGCUGACCCGGAGACUCAAGCUGAGCACCUACAGCUUUGGUGGGAUAUUUUCAAUCAACAGGUUGUGCCUCAGCUGCAGCCUGAGUUGUGUCCGCAUGGUGAACUCUCUACUCCGACACUGGAUCGGCUUGCACACGCUUUUUGGACGGCGUUGCCUGAAGACGAGCGAUCGCUCUCUUCGAGACAUGUAGUUUUUUGCCCGAUUGUAUUGCAACAGAAUCUGAGCAGCAGUUCGCUGAACGAGUUUCAACUGAAAGAGUCAAAAGAUUCACCGUCGUCGUCGUCGUUCAGUCAUGUUGUAUUCACGCCGUCUGGCUGGGUGAAAGAAAAAAUGUCCGCUGGCCAAUCUGCCUAUGAAGAGAUCGUACGAAAGCUUCAGCGUGAAGCUGCGAAGCGACCCACUUACCUCGUUCCGCUGGCCAGCCAACACUCUAGUGCUGCAAAGUACAGUGACACUAUCACAAAACACCCUACCCCCACCGACGUCGGUGGCGCAGACACCGAACAUAAACACUCGCAAACACGGCUGCCUGAAAUGACUAAAUCUCUGAAUAUCCUCGCUUGCGAGUCAGACCAUCAUUAUCGACCCCGAGGACAAGGAGGAGGAAGCUGUGGCGGCGGCGGCGGCGGUGGCAGCUGCGACAACGACGUUCGUCUCGUAAAUGUCCCAUCUGUGCUCGCCCGUUCGUCCCCACCUAGUGACUCGCCUUCCGGCGACGGAGUAGAGAAGCCGUUGCAUGCUGAAGGAAGCAGCUCUGUGUCUGCGUGUUAUGGUUUUAUUGCUCCGAAGUCUGAUGAAAAAGUAUGCUUUAUAAUGCUUUAUUUUUUCUUAAAGCUAACUGCGAAUGAAGGCGGCAGGACAGAAAUACUCGCGGUAAGUAACGUUUUGCACAUAGUCGUUGUUAGACACGUUUACGUUUCGGUUAAGGUCGGAUUAGCAUUCGCUUUAGCCAAGGCGAAACCGCACCACGGUAUCUUGACGCAGACGAAUUUGUCGUAG